CGCACAUGCUUGCACUUUGGUAUAUCUGCCUUGCUGCUUGGGGAUGUUCCCAGAUACCAGUUUUUGGAAGGCACUCAAUUCCCGACACGGAUGGUGGCGUCACAAACAACACAGCCAGCGCUCCCAGUCAUCUUGUGCAAACGAAACGUGAGCACAGACAGGCGGAGGCCUUGCUAAAUUUAAAAAAUUCUGACAUUUUGGCACCCCAUGCCUUGCCAGUCCGUUACUUUAUUCGAAUUCUCGUGACCUGCACGACGAUGACCGAAAAUUGCAUACUGCGUGUAUACUCGCAAGUACAAUGAAUGACAUGGAUCAAACCUUGGGGGCAAGGACGAGAUAUAAUCAAGAUGUCACAGACACACUAACCGAUGUCGUUGACUCUGUAAACUUUCACUGUACACAGCUUAUUUUAUUCACAACCAUCCUUAGUUGCCAGAGUUGCCUGAGC